CAGCUAACGCUAGUUUGUCUCAUUGCAUUUCUUUGUGGGGGAUAUGUAGGUUACCUUCAGAUAUUCAUGUUUCUUUUCUCCUCAGAUUGUCUGGGGUCCGCAGUCUUUUCACCAGUCAAGUCGGAUAUAGUGGGUAACAUUAACAAAAUCAAAGCUGUUUACGACACGAACCCCACUAAGUUUAAAACUCUACAGCAGAUCCUGGAGGCAGAGAAGGAGAUGCACGGAACUCAGUGGCCCAAAGUCGGAGCUACGUUAGCAUUAAUGUGGCUGAAAAGGGGUCUAAAGUUUAUCCAGGUCCUGCUGCAGAGCAUCGCGGACGGGGAGAGGGACGAGGCCAACCCCAAUCUCAUCCGGGUCAAUGCCACUAAAGCCUACGAAUUGGCACUGAAGAAGUACCACGGCUGGCUGGUGCAAAAGAUCUUCCACGCAGCUCUCUAUGCUGCCCCCUACAAGUCUGAUUUCCUGAAGGCGCUGUCCAAGGGGCGGGAAGUCAAGGAAGAGGAUUGUCUGGAGAAGAUCCGCCAGUUUCUCAUCAACUUCACGCCCACCAUCGAUGCGAUCUAUGUGAUGUACACCAAAAUGAACGCUGAGCUGGACUACAAAGCCUGACCUCUGGUCUCCCACCAGGACACUUGGAUCCCCUUUUUAUCUUCAUACUGCCUUUGUCUCAAGAGCAAUUACGUUAUGUCAUUAACUCCUAGACUUUUCCCUGUCGCCUCCCAAAGCUCCCUCUUGUGAAUGUAAAGGAGAUUAGCUGACAUCACAGAACGCUGUGUUUCCACCACCAGUGACAGGAAUCUAAGGGUCGUCCUGGAGCUGCUGUGGUGUCAGUUUCUGAAGGUCUCAGACUGGUUUCUUGCAUUAGAAAGAAGAAAACAAAUGCAUCAUGCCUAUAGGCAGCUCUAGCUUCAAGUUUAUGCAGUGUUGUAUGCCUUACUUAAUUGAAAGUGUCAUCUACUUAAAAUAACAAAACCCCCAAAAAAAUCCUCUGGAUCCAGGAGACCCUAUGUGCAUAUUUGGGCGCUUUUUCAGUUAUAAAAGCAUUGCUUUUAUGUAUACUUGGUCAAUUUGCAUUAACUAGAAAUUGGACUAACCUAACUUUAAAAUUGUUCCAGCUUGUUUGUAUGUAAACAUCGAACCAGCAGUCUACCUCCAGAUUGCACAUGCAAAGUGCUGCGGGAGGAUCUUCGUCAGAUCGUCUGAUGCCUUUAUAAUCAUAAUGACAGCUGCUGACGUCUCUUUGCUAUUGUGCAAACAGUACAAUGAAUACCAAGAGGAAAAGUGUUGAAAUAUAUCAAUUAAAAAGUCUCAUAGCAGGGAUAAAAGAGCUCCCGUUGCAUAUUAGCCUGAGCACUUGCAGGUUUACAAUACAUUACGCAUAAUUAGAUAAGUUUGGGAUGACGUUCUGUGAUUCCUGCUAAGGGUUUAAUGAUGCAAAUGGCAAGAGACUGCUGCUGUUCAUAGUAUUAAUACUGGACCCUUUCUUUAUUUCUUAGUGCAAAUCCAUCAUUAACAGCAUGUUAUUCAUAAAGGAAGGAACACAUUGGCCUGAACGUGGUACUCUGGAUGAUUGCAGGAAAGUUGCCUGCAUGUCUUCUAACUCAUAGUAAAUCCUGCAAUGGCUCAAGCUGCUAUGCAAUCAGAGUGUUGUUUCCUACCUAAAUGAAGGUGGCAGGUGACCGGGAAGCUCCAAGCACUGAUAAAAUAAAGACUGCUGUAUUAAGUGGCCUUGAGUUAGGAUGUAUAGAAUUGAUAACUCGCAGUGUGCAGAUUUCUUUUUUUGUGUGUAUGGGAUUGGCUGGUAAUAGAUGGACACAAGGAGGUCAUGCAAUAUACCAGAGGCUGAACCAGGAGCAUCAGCCUUCUAGCCUGGGGUGUCAACCUCUUCGGAGCUUUAUUUUAACACUGGACUGCUGCUUGAAACACUGGAUGGUUGUUUUAAUUGAAGAACUCUGCUCAAUGGCCUGCAGGGAUGCACUUUCAGGGAAGGCUGUGUAGAUCUGUGUGCGAUUUUCAAGCAGACACCUUUCCAGGAACGUUUGCCUUCAUUCUCUCAAGAGUUUAUUUUCAGAAAUGUAUGUUACUGUUAGAGAAGUACUGGUUGUUUUUUUAAUUUAUUAUUAUUAUUAUAAAAAAUAAUUUGUGUCAGUUCAAGUUCCACAUGCAGGGUUCUUUAAGAAGCCUGCAAUGCUCAAGCCACAGUGCUUGCAUUAACACACAAGUGCCUUUUUGUCAAGAGCUAGGGUUAGGUUGAUAUCGAUACAGUAGAGAUUUAAAUGUAUUGCUGUGCUCUGUUUUAUCUUUUGUUUUUAAAUUACAAAAAGCACAGAUAUUAGAACAUCUAGGUUGGUAGCAUAAGCAAGAGCGUGAUGCUGACAACUUUUAUCAUGGCUGAGCUGAGCAAGGCACAUUUUAAUUGUGCUGGGAAACGUAUAUAUAAAUGAGUCGCUUUUCAGACCUUGGGAUCAGUUCAGUGGGUCUCAGCCGCUGUGAAUGCCACCAUCGUUUAAAUCAAUCAAAUCAUGGUGGUAUUUCGUUUCUUUUUUUUUUUUCUCCAUAUUUCUAAUGAAAGAUGCUUUUCUAAGAGUCCUAUUAAAAAUCCCUCUAAUGGAAGUGCAACUUUCAUUAAUAACAUAAAAAGCCUGCCAGCUCCUCAGAGCUAUGCUUACUUGAAAUCAAGGAGGAGGUUGUUGUUUGCUGCCUUUCUGCAGUAUGAGACUGGAGUGGAAUAUUGUCUUGUCAGGUCUUACAGGAGGGGAGUAAAGCCCUCUGGUGUAAAGUGUCACAGGGAAAACUUUUCUUAAUAUUAGCAGAACCUUAAUAAAAUGUUUCAUGUUGUU